GAUUUGGCCACCAACCGUCGAACAACAAUCAUGGCUCACAAGUUGCAAGAUCUUCGACAACAAUGCCAGGACGCUGGCCUUGAUCCGACUGGGAAAGUUUCAGAGUUGGUCCAAUGCCUACAGGACAAAUCGGCAUCGCAUGGAGACUUUGCCAGUGGAUCAAGAGGAUCCAACAUGUGACGCAAUACUCCUUACCGAAUCGACGAUGGGUAGCGUGGAUGACAGGAAGAUAUAUUCCUAUCAUGAGCUAAAACAAAUAUUAGAAGAGGAGGAACUGGAGGUUCAUGAGGCGAUAGGAGAACUUUAUGUUGGUAAUCCACGGGGUCUUGGUCGCGCUGGGAUUCCGGAGCGUCUCCGUAUAGUUGAGGAGGAUGUCCAUACAGUGAAGGAGCCAAAUGCAGAAAACAAGGCCAAGAUCGCCGAGCGGAAGGAUUCUGUAUCCAUAUUGGGGAUUGAGGGACCUGAUUAUAAAAGGGUUCGGGAUAGAUUUCUCUCCAUCUUUAAAUCAGAUAAAAUGGAAGAGACCCUCAACAAGUCGGACCAGAAUUUCAUUGCAGGGGGCAACGUCAUAGCACAUUGGGGAGAUGCUGCCAUUGAGGCCUUAGUGUAUGAUGGUGCAGGGCGACGACAAGAUCAGUACGUAUUUGAGGAACUGUAUGGACUACACCCCUCUGAUGUCCAGAAAAACAGUGUGAAAUCUACGCUAUCUAAUCAACUUAAGUACUAGGAUUGAGGCUAACCUCUCCAGCCUAUAAGGAAACAAUAGAGGUAUUCAAUCGCCAUGCCAGGGUCAAAGCGAACGACCCACCCGCGGCGGCAGCGGAAUUCUACCGGAGAUUUUCCGUCUUCUUGGCAGCAUUGACAAGGGAGGACCCUGGGUCCAACUAUCUAUCGUACGAUCACACAAAUCCCACCUGGGCAGCAUACUGGUGCCUACACGGGCUUGAAAUAUAAGGAUCAAG